UUAAGAAUCACGGUUAAAAAGUUAUAUACUUGACAUUUACAUUUUCUAAACUGAGAGAGUUCAAUUAGAAAAAGUCUUAUGAAAAAUAUUGGAUUUACUGUCACAAACGGUGGCCAGAAAAAGCAGCUCCAUAGUAUUACCAAAACCAGGCCCUUGGUUUUGGCUUGACUUAAAUAUGAACAAAAUCUCCAAAAAAGGAAAGAAAACUAAAAAUAAAAACAAAACCAAAACCACAAAACCAUGGGUAGUUUUCAGACCAUCCCUCUGACGGCCCAAAACCAGCUACUCUGUUUCUCUGUUUUGUACUAUAUCUUACUCAACGCUCUCUCUCUCGUCCUUUGACUCUGAUACAGAAACACUUUCACAAUUCGAAUAAGAUGGAACCUAACGCCUUCUCUGCGUUUGAUCCGAGAAUGUUAACCUUAGAAACGCCGCAGAACCCACCGAACCCGGUGCAGUUCCAGCAUCCGCAUCCUUACUCCACCGCCGGCGAUCAGCAUCCACAUCACCAACAACCGCUGAAGUCCUUGUACCCUCGCUCCUCCAAAGCCAUGCAACUCUCCCCGUUAAGCGUCGGAGACGAAGAAGACCGCGGGUCUGGUUCCGGGUCCGGGUGCCACCCGGAAGACAGCGUGGGAACCGACGGGAAGAGAAGAGUUUCUCAGUGGCAUCGGAUGAAAUGGACGGACACGAUGGUCCGGCUCCUGAUCAUGGCGGUGUACUACAUCGGCGACGAAGGUGGAGUAGGCGAUCAAACCGAGGCCAAAAAAAAAAUCAGUGGUGGCGGCGGCGGCGGCGGUGGAGGGGUGUUGCAGAAGAAAGGGAAGUGGAAGUCGGUGUCGAGAGCCAUGGUGGAGAAAGGCUUCUCUGUUUCGCCGCAACAGUGCGAAGACAAGUUCAACGACUUGAACAAACGGUACAAGAGAGUCAACGACAUUCUCGGGAAAGGGACAGCGUGUCGUGUCGUGGAGAAUCAAGCCUUGCUCGAGACGAUGGAUCAUCAUCUCACUCCUAAACUGAAAGACGAGGUCAAGAAGCUGCUCAACUCUAAGCAUCUCUUCUUCAAGGAGAUGUGCGCUUACCACAACAGCUGCGGCCAUCUCGACCAACCGCAACAACCGAGUCAGGAUCCGAGUCGGCACCGUCCGGAGCAGCAGAGCUGUAUUCACGCGGCGGAGGUAGCGGAAGAGUCGGAGACGGCGGAGGAUUCGGAGUCGGAGAUGGAGGAGGAGGAGACGAGCAAGAAGCGGAGGAGAGGGGAAGGAGUAUCCGGGGCCCUGAAGCGGAUGAGAGAAGAAACGGCGCGUGCGUUGGAUGAACCGGGGAAGAGCGCGUGGGAGAAGAAGGAGUGGAUGAGGAGGAAGGCGCUGGAGCUGGAGGAGAGGAAGGUUGGGUACGAGUGGGAGGCGGUGGAGAUGGAGAAGGAGAGAGUGAAGUGGAUGAGAUAUAGGAGCAAGAAAGAGAGGGAAAUGGAGAAGGCUAAGCUCGAGAACCAGCGACGGAUGCUUGAGACUGAGAGGAUGGUUUUGAUUCUCCGGCGGAGGGAGAUUGAGUUGGUGGAGUUACAGUCGUUGGGUAAACGGGUCGACCCGAGUUCCGCAACGGGGUGAGCUGAUCAGUGUUAGGAACUUAGGAUUAAUGAUGUUUUGGGUUAGAUUAUAUAUAACUUAGGUGAUGAUUGUUUUUUUGGUUUCUAGUUUUUGGAUUUUAGUUUUUGGUUUUUGGUUUUUGAUUUUUGUUUUUUGGAUUUUAGAUUUUGGUUUUUGAUUUUUGAUUUUUGAUUUUGCAGUAGAUUUUAGUUUUUUUUAAAACAUGAUUGGUGAUUUUAGAUUUUAAUUUUUAGUUUUUGGCUUUUGUUUACAAAAUAAUAAAAUGAAAAUAUUAUCAAUAGUAAAAUAUUUAUUCUGGAAAUAAAAAAUAUAUUAUCAUUACCAAAACACACAUAAGCUUAUUUUAAAAAAAAAACAGCAAAAACAAAUAUAAUUUUAUGUUUAAACAUAAACUUAAAAUUUUAAUUCUGUCUUUAAACAUAAGUUAUAUAUACUUUGCUUUAUAAUUUUACUAUAUUUAUACAUAAUCUAGCUAAAAUUAUUAAAAGGUACAUUAAUACAACUAAAUUUAUAUAUAAUUUUUUUUGUAUUGGCUAAAUUUUAAAAAUUAAAUUUUUUUUUUUUAUUAAUUAGUUUUAAUUUUUUAUUAAAUUAUUUUAUAAUUUAAUAAAUUAAAUUAAAAAAUGUGGCUAUCGGUUCAUUAUUAGAUAAAAUAUUAUUCAACUGUAAUAGCUUUGGUAAAAUUAAGCUGUGUUAUAAAUAUUUUUCUUCUUAAAUUUGAUUCUAAGUUAUUUUAAUAAAAAUAAAAAUUAUUAUUAAAAAGGCCCUUUAUAUCCUACAAAAGAAUUAUUUUUUUUACUGAUAUAGAUUAUUUUGUAGUUUUAGAAUUUAAAUUUAAAUGAUAGACAACAUUUUUUGUUGAUUCUUAGUAAUUUGGAAUAGUUACUAUAUUAUCACUAAUCUAUUUUUAUUUAUUUAUACUAUAUUAAUGCUCAAAUAUAGAAAUAAUAUUAAAAAAAAAAGUCACGUACAUUGUUUAAGAAAACCAAAAAAAUGUGGUUUUUAGUUUUUGCUAAGAAAUAUGUAGUUAUUUCAAAAUCUGGUUUCCCUAAAUUUUAGAGAAUCUAUUUUUCAAAAAUCUUGUUUAGUAAAAAAAUAGAUUUUAGAAAACUAAAAACCAUUUUAAAAACUGCAAACAAUCAACCUCUAGUUUCAGUUCUCUGGCAUGUUUAGGAUUCUCACAUUUUCGACAUAAUCAGCAAAGUCAUUUUUUUUAUAUGUAAAGGCAAAACGUGUUUUGAAAGAUUUAAGUAGAAAAGUCAGAGGAAAUGUAUCUA